AUGUCGGGCAGGCUUCUUACUUCCGCCUCGUCUUUCAAGGGUUCAUUCGCUCUAUUUCAUCUAAGACCUGCUUCAUCUGCCCUUGAGAACAAGAUAAGGCUAAUGAUUAGUGUGCUGCACACUUUUAACAACCAAGUUUUCUACAUUGAGUUCAUGUGCUCUGUACAACCGGGAGAUGCCGUGCGAUCUAGAGUCAGAGCUUGUCUUACCUUCAAUGCCUUCGUGGCUGGCUCAGCUCAGAUCACCCCAGAGAAUCCCAGAGAUAUAAUAGUAGGUGUCAUCCCAUGCCUCUUACAAUCCUCAACCCACACAAUAACGUCAAAUAUUGACUGGUCGCCCGCCGAUCUGCCUCCUACACCUCGAGAGAUGUCAAUAACCGUUAACUCGCAAGUAGUUGAGCUUGAUUGCUUGAUACCCAGAGUCGUUGAUGUUGAACGCGAAUAUGAAGAUGUCGAACAAUUCAUCCCCUGGGUCUUCCAACACACGGAUCUCAUGGACUGGGACUGCACACAGGACUGGCCAGAGGAGGAACAUCUCUUCAAGAACUUGUUUGCUUCACUAGUCGACUAUAUAGAGGAGCAAGGACAUGGAAAUAUGAUUUCAGAGAUCUUGUGCAAGGAAACGGGCAUAUCGAAUAUCCUGAAACCCAGCGAGACAAUCACAUUGCCCCGAAAAAGCUGGAGAGUCAGUAAACGAUCAUCUCAUAUGAAUUUCAUCUACUCGCAAAGCCAUAUGUUUGCCGACUUGAUGCGGAAUAUCUAUUAUAGGCUUGAUGAUGUGGAUGAAGAGGCCCCGAGGCUUGGCGUCAUACCAUUCCCACGUGAUGUGAGAUACGCAGUGGGCAGGGUACAAUAUGCUGCCCGACUAGAGGGUAAUGUUCACGUUGGGACACGAGCUGAUUUUAUACCAAUAAUCUCUUUUACUGGGUGGUACGAGGGACAAACUUGGAAUGAACUAUUGACGGACACAAUUUGCACUAUGCUGGGACAUCUGACUAUGAACCUAAGAAUAAGUCCGCAUGGCGGUGUUCAAAGUCAGGAGGUCUUUGUUGUUGGUUUCCAUGGGCCGUAUCUUCACAUAUGUCGUGGAUUCUUCUCGCGAGAUCUUAUUGCUAGAGUGCAUCUAUAUGGAUGCUCAGAUGAGGAAGAGUUUGAUCUGGAGUUCACACGGGGUUAUAACCUAUAUUUGAAAGAAGAUUGGCUUGAGGCUAUACGUGCGUUGACCAGACUGCUUAGUUUGGCUAAUCUAAAGGAUCAAGCUGCAACUAAUCGAUCUAAGUCUGCACUAGACAGCGUUGCACAUCCGCGCUUGGAUUCUCUCGCAUAUUCUCUGGCAUCUUUCAAGCUAUUCGGGGCUAUUCCCCACUAA